AUGUAUGUGAAAUGGUUUGAUACAGUAAUGUUUUACUAUGUGAUUUUAGUGAAUUUAGUGAACGUCACUUUUUGUCAUUUUCAAAUUUUCUGCCGUUCCGUCCCUGUACGUCCUGACGCUCGCAGGGAAUGGAACCCGGAAGACAGAUGCCGGCAUCUGCUGGAUUACAUUGCCGGGGACACUGCAGGAGGGACAUCGCGGGAGCGCAAGGAUGAGGUAAGUGAAGAACAGAUCCCGGAGCAGCGCAGCAUGGUAAACCCGAGUGUAGCUCGGGGUUACCGCUUGUGCUACACUCAGGAAUACCGCCAGGGAGGUUAAGUUA